CCAAUACACUUUCCCUCUAUCGCUCUUGCAUGUGGGUUUUCCACCCUUAUGCGUAAUACAUGCUUCCAACUGGUUCAAGGGCUCUUCGACAAUUUUAAUCGUGAGAAAAAGCUUCGCCAGCAUCGGCCAUGAUUGAUCCCAGCUCGAGUGAGGAAGAUGGCGACGAUGAUACCGUUGUUAAUUUGCCGCACAAGGGGCGUAUUGGUGCCGCGCACAAAGCGCCACCUAGCGGUAACGCGGCAGCAACCGCCGCCGCCGCACAAUCAUCAUCAUCGAUAUCGACGUCGUCGCCGGGGGCGGCGAGCCUUGCAACGACAGCCAUGCCAGCUUCCUCAACCGGUUCGCAUAUACAAAAUGGUGACUAUGCUGCGAAUCAAAGACAAACAAUGGCGGCAACUGCAAAUAACCGUUUCGAGGGCAGUAUCGUCAGUGGAGGGGGUGGGGGCGGAUCAACAAAAAAUGAGCAGAGCCAGCUGAGUGGAGAAGGUGGCAACCUUGAAGUGCCCAAUAACGGUAUUCCCAGCGGCAUUUCGCAAGAGACCCUCAACCAGAGCGUUGGAUCGUCGCGCGCGAACUCAUUGCCACGCCCCCUGUCACCGUCGCCAUCGGUUGUCAGCGAUAAGCACGAUGGCGGCGAUCCACAUGAGAAACACGAACGGGAAGAAGAAGAACGCAAGCGUCGCAUUCAAUUGUAUGUGUUUAUUUCACGUUGCAUAUCGUAUCCAUUCAAUGCCAAGCAGCCAACGGACAUGACCAAAAGGCAACCGAAGAUAACCAAACAGCAGCUGGAGAUAAUCACUCAGCGAUUUCAGGCAUUUCUCAAGGGGGAAACACAAAUAAUGGCCGAUGAAGCUUUUCAGAAUGCGGUGCAAAGCUAUCACGAUGUUUUUCUCAAAUCGGAGCGUGUUACGAAAAUGGUUCAAUCCGGAGCAUGCUCCCAGCACGAUUUUCGUGAGGUUUUCCGCAACAACAUUGAGAAACGUGUGCGUUCUCUUCCCGAAAUUGAUGGCUUGAGCAAGGAAACUGUUUUAACAUCUUGGAUGGCCAAAUUCGAUAUAAUUCUGAAGGGCAGCGGCGAAGAGGACACAAAGCGACCCUCACGCAUGCAACAAUCCUUAAAUAGCGAAUUAAUCCUGUCCAAGGAACAACUUUACGAUAUGUUUCAGCAAAUUCUAUCUGUGAAAAAGUUUGAACAUCAAAUUCUAUUUAAUGCGCUGAUGUUGGAUUCGGCUGAUGAGCAGGCUGCGGCGAUUAGACGUGAAUUGGAUGGUCGAAUGCAGCGUGUUGGCGAAAUGGAAAAGAAUCGGAAGCUAAUGCCAAAAUUUGUGCUUAAAGAAAUGGAAUCACUUUACAUCGAGGAAUUGAAAUCGUCCAUUAAUUUGCUGAUGGCCAAUCUGGAAUCACUGCCAGUCUCCAAAGGCAAUAUGGACAGCAAAUAUGGGCUACAGAAAUUGAAGCGCUAUAAUCACAGUACACCAUCAUUUUUAAAAAUGAUUCUACGCUCGCAUGGAUCUCUGUCUAAGCUCGAAGGUGACUCCGAGGAUGGCACCACCCAAUUAACUAAACUGGAUGUGGUGCUGACCUUUCAAUUAGAAGUGAUUGUGAUGGAGGUGAAGGGCCUCAAAUCUCUGGCACCCAAUCGCAUUGUCUACUGUACCAUGGAGGUGGAGAACGGUGAAAAGUUGCAAACCGAUCAGGCCGAGGCCUCAAAACCAAUGUGGGAUACUCAGGGGGAUUUUACGACCACGCAUCCUUUGCCUGUGGUGAAAGUGAAGCUGUACACCGAAAAUCCAGGCAUGUUGGCGCUGGAAGACAAAGAGUUGGGCAAAGUGACCAUUAAACCAACGCCACUCUCUUCCAAAUCUCCCGAAUGGCAUCGCAUGAUUGUGCCCAAAAAUUUACCCGAUCAGGAUGUAAGAAUUAAGAUUGCCUGUAGGUUGGAUAAACCAUUGAAUAUGAAGCAUUGUGGACAUCUCUUCGCAAUUGGCAAAUCGGUGUGGAAGAAAUGGAAACGUCGUUAUUUUGUCUUGGUUCAAGUCUCGCAAUACACAUUUGCAAUGUGCAGUUAUAAGGAAAAAAAAUCGGAACCAUCCGAAAUGAUGCAGCUAGAUGGUUAUACCGUGGACUAUAUAGAAGCUGCUAGCGCAAAUUUGAUGUUUGGCAUCGAUUUGAAUGGCGGUCGAUUUUUCUUCAAUGCGGUACGAGAAGGCGACAGCAUUGCAUUUGCCUGUGACGAUGAGAACGAGUGCAGUCUUUGGGUAAUGGCCAUGUACAGGGCAACGGGACAAUCGCAUAAGCCAACGCCGCCAAUUACACAGGACAAGAAUUCGGCAAUGUCAAAAAUUCAGGGUGAUGCCGAUAAGGCGCGCAAGCAUGGCAUGGAGGAUUAUAUAAGUGCCGAUCCCUGUACCUUCGAUCAUGCAACACUUUUUAAGACAUUACAAAACUUGACGCUCGAAUAUCGCCUAAGUGAUCCCUACGCAUCGUUGGGUUGGUUUAGUCCGGGUCAGGUAUUUGUUUUGGAUGAGUAUUGCGCCCGUUAUGGUGUUAGGGGCUGUUAUAGACACCUGUGCUACCUAUCUGAUCUGUUGGAUCGUGCUGAGAAACAGCACAUGAUCGAUCCGACACUGAUCCAUUAUUCGUUUGCAUUCUGUGCGAGUCAUGUACAUGGCAAUAGUUUGAUUAUAUUAAUAGCAGGUUUUUUUCUGCGCAGCAAACACGACAUCAAAAAGGAAAAGCUUAAGACAGUAAAGGAGAACAGUGCACAAGGAGAAACAGAAGCUGGCUGCUGCGACACGCCUUCCUCUACUCAACCAGUUGUUGCUUCUCAGUUACAUCAGGGUACUACGAGCAGCAUGGAUCAAUCAACAACGCCGAAGCUGACAAUGGAUGGCGCUGCUACCGCUGCUAGUAAUGGAGCGCCACCUUUUCGUUAUUGUAUGCCAACACAUGCGGUAUACACAUCGCCAGUACCAACGGCAUUUGCUUGGUUCAGCGAUCUACUGGUUGAACAUGCGGAAAUAUUUUGGUCUCUAUUCGCAGUUGAUAUGGACAGAGUUUUGUCCGAACAAGCACCAGAUACCUGGGACUCAUUUCCCCUUUUUCAAAUACUUAACGAUUACCUAAGAUCGGAUGAUAACUUACGAAAUGGAAGAUUUCACCAGCAUUUGCGUGAUACUUUUGCUCCGUUGGUUGUUCGUUAUGUGGAUCUGAUGGAAUCAUCCAUAGCCCAAUCUAUACAUAAGGGUUUCGAGAAGGAACGUUGGGAAAGCAAGGGGAUAAACGCCGCCUUGAAUCCGACCGCAUUAAAUAAUGCAGCGCAGGCGCUAAACACGGCAGCCCUCAACCCCGCCGCUCUGCUCAGCGGCAAGAAAGAUCAAGUCAAUUUCUAUGUGCCGAAGUUGCCAAGGCGAACUGCGGCUGCUGAUGAAAUGAGAAAUGGCUGUGCGACUUCUGAGGAUCUAUUUUGGAAAUUGGACGCAUUGCAAUCGUUUAUACGCGAUUUACACUGGCCAGAUGCGGAAUUUCGUCAGCAUUUGGAGCAACGGCUGAAAAUGAUGGCCGUUGAUAUGAUUGAGCAGUGUAUACAGCGAACGGAUGCAUCGUUUCAAUCGUGGUUGAAGAAAAAUGUUGCCUUCAUAUCGACCGAUUAUAUAAUACCGUCAGAGAUGUGCGCCAUGGUAAAUGUGAUAUUAGAUGCUAAAAAUCAAAGCUUUAAAUUAACUACCAUUGAUGGUAUUGAUCUGUACAAAUUUCAUGCGAAAAUUGAUGAUCAAAUUGACAAAGCGAAUGUGGCGAUGACACAAGGCCUCAGUGGCAAACUUAUGUCAGUGCUGGAGUCGACUUUGUCAAAAUUGGCCCGUUACGAUGAAGGUAGCCUAAUUGGCUCCAUUCUUAGCUUUACGAAUGUGUCCAGUUCCGGCAAGGAUCUCGGCCAGGGCUAUGUGAAUUUCUUUCGCAAUAACAUGGAUCAGAUUCGCGGCAAAAUCGGUGAUGAUCUCUGGACCCUCAACUUCUUCGAGCAAUGGUAUUGCCAGCAAAUCGCCUUGCUCUCUACGUGGCUCUCGGAGCGUAUGGAUCAUGCCCUACACUACGCCCAGGUCACCUCCAUCUCUCACAUCAUAAAGAAAAUCUACUCGGACUUUGAGCUGCAGGGUGUGCUCGAGGACAAAUUGAAUUCAAAAUCAUAUCAGACAGUUAUACAACGAAUGACUGCUGAGGAGGCGACUUGUGCCCUGACAAUGCCCGACAAACGGAACGAUGUACGCAAUGGGGAUGAGGAGGAUGCGGGAGAUGAGGCUGGUGGUGCUGGUGGAUCCUCAUCGCGUGGUGGCAUGCCAAAGGCUAAGAUAGGUGCCUCGCAGGCGGCAGCUGUUACCAAUGUGGUAGCUGGGCGUGUUGGUAAUUUACUGGGCAAGGGCAUUGGUGGACUUAGCUCGAAGCUGGGAAGCGGCGGUUGGUUCUAAAUUUAAGUUCAUAUCCAGCUUUAUCUCUCAUUUUCACUUCCCAGCUUAAUUUGAGCCAAAACACCAACAAAAAAAAAAAAUAAUAAUAAUAAUAAUAUAAACAAGAAUAUAUGUAAAGAGCAUUACUAUAUAUAAGUUAACAUCCAUUCUUACGAAUAUCCGGAACCAAUGCAUUCGAAUAAAUAAGUCAGCACUUUUAAUAUUACAAAUAACUAAAGCCAAUGCACUUGAAUAAACAAGUCAGCAACAUCUAAUAUUACAAGCAACCCAAGCCAAUGCACUUGAAUGAAUGUCACAACAUACGCGCCCAUUCAACAUUACAAAUAACCCAAGUCAAUGCACUUGAAAGAAUAUCAUAAAGUACGCGCCCAUUCAUUAUUACGAACAACCUAAACCAAUGCACUUGAAUGAAUGUCACAAAAUACGCGCGCCUCGUCAGCAUACUUUCGGCAACGCGGAACUCACACGUAAAUAUGCUGAGCCUACGAUCACAGCUAAGGCGCAUGGAGAAAUACGACACGUACCUCUUCAGCGCAUUCCACUUGAAGACCACCACGGGACCCAGAAUGGACAACUGACACCAGCAGCGACUAAGCAGAAUCGAUAGCCAGAGGUUUCAUUAGGAUAAGCUAGAGUUUAUAAAAUCAGUCUGAAUAAAGCAUCCGAACAGAA